AACUUUCAACUUUUUAACUAAUUACUAACCAACCCUGACACGUAUAGUAUAGAGAUAGAGAGAGAAAUAGGAUGAAAGUGUUGAGUGCAAAAAGUGCCAGCAAUGCACUUUUAACAGAUUGUUAGCUUUCAAACAAUAAAUCUGCAGUUCGUUGACCCAUUCGUUGAAUUUUUAUCUUUUUUUUUCCAUUUGGUUAAUUGUAUCUAUCCAUCUUAUUUUAAGUGUAGAACGUUUACAGAUAUACGGCUACAAAAGAUAACCUAUUAGACCGUUGCACUGUGGGUAAAUACUCGCCAUAUGGCAGUAUACAUGUUUUCACGCGCGGAACUAUCACUCUAAUAUCAAUCUCGUUAUUUGUUGUUGAAGUGUAUUAUUAGUACAAUGGAAUCGAGUUAUUUUCAGGAUGUCGUAAACGCGGAGUACAUCCGUAAAUAUGAUGGGCGUAUCGAAUACGGAACGGCUGGUUUCAGAACGAAGUCGGAUAUCUUAGAGCAUGUUUUGUACAGGAUGGGUCUCCUAGCAGUGCUACGUUCCAAAUCAAAAAGAGCCGCCAUAGGUUUGAUGAUUACCGCGAGCCACAAUUUGGAGCCUGACAAUGGUAUCAAGCUCGUCGAUCCAGCUGGCGAGAUGCUCGAGGCUUCCUGGGAAAAGAUAGCGACGAAUUUGGCUAACGUGCAGGACUGUGACUUGAUAUCAAUGCUAACGCAUAUAUGCACGACAGAGAAUAUUGAUCUGUCAGCACCAGCUAUGGUAAUAACAGGAAGGGACACUCGCAGAAGCAGUCCCGGCUUGUUAAGAGCCGCGCUGGCGGGAAUCAGAGCUUUACGCGGCAACGUCACGGAUUUGGGACUGGUCACGACGCCGCAGCUGCACUACGUCGUGGUGUGUGUAAACACUAAUGGCGCCUAUGGUGAACCCACGCUGGAGGGAUACUACUCGAAGCUGACGGCCGUGUUCAAAAGCAUACGAGGCGCCGAGGUGAACAACGGAAGGUACACAAAUGUGCUGCAGCUGGACGUCGCAAAUGGCGUCGGCGCGAUUGCGGCGAGGGAGUUCCAGAGAUACCUAGACGGUGUGCUGAACAUCAGAUUGUUUAACGACGGAAGCGGCAGUUUGAAUCACAUGUGCGGCGCGGAUUAUGUCAAGGUGCAACAGACGUUGCCUCUGAACGUUCCGUCUGAAACAAACGUUAGAUGCGUUAGCAUAGACGGGGACGCCGAUAGAGUGGUGUAUUUUUAUAUAGACGGGAAUAACAAGUUUCAUCUCUUGGACGGAGACCGAAUAGCGACGCUGGUGGCCGCUUACCUCAAGGAGCUGCUCGAGACGAGUGGUUUGUCUCUGCAGUUGGGCCUGGUACAAACUGCGUAUGCCAAUGGCGGUUCGACCGAUUAUAUUUCGAACGUGUUGAGAGUCCCCGUGGCGUGUGUGCCGACCGGCGUGAAGCAUCUGCAUAAGAGAGCGCUAGAGUUCGACAUUGGGGUUUACUUCGAAGCGAACGGGCACGGAACCGUCAUCUUUAAGGAUACCGCAAAAAAAGCUAUCGAGAUGCAUGCUAGGAACGAAACGUUUUCAGCAGCGCAAAGGUUGGGCUCCGCGAAGCUGAAGGACGUGACCGAUUUAAUAAACGAAACGGUCGGCGAUGCGUUGAGCGACAUGCUGCUAGUCGAGACUAUAUUACACGCCAAGGGCUGGGACGUUGUGGAGUGGGAGAGGAGUUAUGACGAUCUGCCGAACAGACAGCUUAAGGUCAAAGUGAAAGACAGAAAUGUUAUAACGACUACGAACGCGGAGAGACAUUGCCUGACUCCAGUUGGUUUGCAAGAAGACAUCGACAAGAUUGUCUCGAAGUAUCCAAGAGGCCGAUCUUUUGUCAGACCUUCCGGAACUGAAGACAUCGUGCGGGUCUAUGCUGAAUGUGAGAAUUCGUCGAACGUUGACAAAUUAGCCGUGGAAGUAGCUUCACUUGUAUACAGACUCGCAGGCGGUGUUGGACCAGAACCCAGCUUAUUGUGAUAAAAUUAAUAAUCAGUUAUAUAUGAGAAAAUAUUAUUUAAAGUUAUCGUACAUAUUCUGUUUUAACAACUUUAUUUUAACAAAACUGACUUUGUUUCAAUGUUAUUAAAAAAAAAUGCUAUAGAUAAAGGAAUCCCGAGUACUUGGACCGAUAUCUAAUAUAUAUUUGGUUAAAUGUAAUAUUAAAAUAUUUCAUUGGUUAAUUAUCAUAUUAAUUUCAUCAUUAAAUAACUUUAGACAUUAUAGCCUUUAGUAUACGUCAAUGGGCGCGUUCAGCAGACGGAGCAGAUCAGAGAGCGCUCAGUGAUUCUUUACUAUGAUUGGUUUCUGCUUCUAAAUCCAAUGAAAAACUAAAGGCAAGAACCAAUUAUAGUAAAGAAUCACUGAGCGCUCACUAAUCCGCUCCGUCUGCUGAACGCUCCCAAUAUAAAACAGUGCAAGUGAUUGAACUGGCUAUAAGUUUUGUCUGCACAUCAUUCGAACUCUAAUGUAUAGAAAA